GAGGCGCGGAGCGCGGCCUUCCUGCUCACUGAGUGGCAUGACGCUGGCGGUGUCUGGCGGCUUCUCGCUGCUGGCCAACCUGAGCCAGCAAGAGCAGGAGGCGCUGCAGCGGGCGGCGGCAGUGGCCGACCUGCUGCCCGAGCUGGGCGCCGCCGACCUGGCGGGCAUGUCGCUGAGCCCGCGCGCGCACCACCCGCACACCACGCCCUUCUCCGUCUCCGACAUCCUGAGCCCCGUCGACGAGGCGGGCCAGAGCUCGUCGCAGCCGGGCGGCGGCGCCGCGGGCUCGGGCUCGCCGUACCGCAGCUCGUCGUCGAGCAACGGCGCGGCGCACAGCCCGCCGCCCGGGCCGGGCCCGCAGGCGCCGCAGCAGCCGCCGCAGCAGCAGCAGCCGCACGUGGCGCCCUCGUCCGUCGUCUCCAGCCCCUACAUGCAGCUGUCGCACCACCACCAGUUCUCGGGCGCCGCGCAGUACUGCAACGGCUCCGACAUCUCGGCGCACUACGGCGACAUGCGCAACUCGGGCUGGUACGGCGCCGCCACCGCCAACGACCCGCGCUUUGCAAUCUCGCGGCUGAUGGGGUCUUCGGCGGCGACGGCGAGCAUGAACAUGAACAUGGGCAACAUGGCCGGCCUGUCGACGUGCAGCGUCACGGCCGACACCAAGCCCAUGCAGUUCCCGCUGGCGCAGCGCCGCAAGCGGAGGGUGCUCUUCACGCAGGCCCAGGUGUACGAGCUGGAGCGGCGGUUCAAGCAGCAGAAGUACCUGUCGGCGCCGGAGCGCGAGCACCUGGCCAGCCUCAUCCACCUCACGCCGACGCAGGUGAAGAUCUGGUUCCAGAACCACCGGUACAAGUGCAAGCGGCAGGCUAAGGAGAAGGCGAUGGCCGAGCAGAACGCGCAGAACCAGGCGCAGAGCUCCCCGCGGCGCGUGGCGGUGCCGGUGCUGGUGAAGGACGGCAAGCCGUGCGCGGGGGCGGGAGACGGGGGCGGCGCACCUCCCUCUGGAACCCCUGGGCGUGUGUGUGUGUGGCAGGUGCAGCAGACGGCGCCGGCGGGGCAGCACGGCCACCAGGCGGCGCAGCAGCAGCAGCAGCAGUGCGCCAGCCUGCUGUACCAACGCCAGAACCUGCACCACGCGGCCGCCGUCGCCAUGAUGCCGCACCACCAGCAGCAGCACAUGUCGGCGGCGGCGGCGGCGGGCUCCUACCUGCCGCUGCAGGGCCGCGCCUGGUAG